CUGAUCACUCACACUCGCCGGAAAGGAUUGUGAAGUCUAAUGGAACAGGUUCAUGGGUCACAUAGUAAAGCAGCAAAAUUUUCACCAAAAGAUGUUAUUAGCAGCAUGCCUGAUAGUGUGAUAACUAAUAUUUUGGAUCGUUUGCCAUUAGAAGAGGCGGUCAGGACUAGUAUUUUGUCAAGAAACUGGGGAUUUAAGUGGGGCCUGCUUAGCCAACUCAUAUUUGAUGAUGAAUUUGUUGAGCAAUUAGAUAUGAGGGAUAUAAUAAUUAAACUUCUCCGUCAUCUUACAGGUGCCAUUACAAAAAUUUAUCUCCAUAUACCAGGUGAGGCCGACUUGGUUGUUGAGGAUAUUAAUCGUUGUUAUACACUCUUGUCAAGAAUAGGAAUUAAGGAGUUCACACUUAUUAAUGAAGCUGAAUUACCGUUUAAGUUACCUACCCAUCUUUUCUCAUCUCUAAAUUUGGAACAUUUGAAGCUUUGUUUUUGUUCCUUUCAUCCUCCGCCUACUUUCCGUGGUUUUCCAAACCUAUUGAGCUUACACUUGUAUGUGGUAGACUUUGGAGACUACACAUUUGGAGAAUUAGUCAGUUCGUGUCCCUUACUUGAGAUUCUGAUUAUUAAUGAUAACCAUCACAAACCUCAAUUCCAAGUGAAAUUGGCUGAUAUUGCAAAACUUGGUAACCUGAAAAAGUUAUCUUUGUCGCCGUGUUUUCUUGACAAUACAACAACGAUAAGAAGUUCCAACGUCUUUCAGAAUACGUCUCCUUUUUCAAAACUUGUGGAGCUUUAUCUCUUUUAUAGAUCGAAUCACACAGAAGCUGAUGUUAAAAAAUGGGUCCCUACUUCAUUUCCAUGCCUCAAGACUCUAGAAUUGCAUUCAAUAAAUCUGGGCCGUGGUAGUAUUUUACCAUAUGUUUAUGAAAUGAUCUGGGGCUUUUCAAAUUUGCAGACACUCAAAAUCGUGAGUGCAUACAACCCACCACAUGUCAAGGCUUCUUCAGAGGUAAACGGCAGAGCAAUGGGGACGUUGCAGCUUCAGAAUAUAGUGUUGGUAUCAAUCGAAGAUUUAAAGAAUGAAGUUGGUUUGAUAAAGUCUUUACUUGCUUGUUCACCCUUGCUAAAGAAGAUGGAAAUUUAUCCCAGCCUGUCUCUGGGGCCCGAUGAGAGGUUUACGCUUGCUACAAAGUUGUUGAGGUUCAAUCGAGCUUUCACAGCUGAGAUAGCGUUAUACCCGGAUUUGGAACCAUAUUACUUCGGGAAAGCCAUGUCACCGAUGUCAUAUCUUGCUUUGGUAGCCUGGGGACGUUUGCGUGCAGUUGACCUGCUUCACAAUUUUGCAAAAGCUUGGCUGCAUCUCUAUGCUGAUUGGGCAAAAUGCCCCAGUACCAGAAAAUCUGUUUCUGGAUUUUGUGUUUAUCUUGGAAAUUCUUUAAUUUCUUGGAAAAGCAAGAAGCAAGCAACUAUUUCAAGGUCCUCUACAGAGGUUGAAUAUAGAUGCAUGGCUUCAGCUACCUGUGAAAUUAUCUGGAUUUCUAGUGUCUUGUCUGAUCUUGGGUUAACAGAUUUGCUUCCUAUAAGUAUGUUCUGUGAUAACAGUUCUGCUAUUCAAUUGGCUGCUAAUCCUGUCUUUCAUGAAAAAUCAAAGCACUUUGAGAUUGAUGUUCACCUUGUCAGAGAAAAGGUGGCUGAUAUUUUUACAAAAGGUUUGGGGGAGGCUCAUCAUAAGGAUCUUUGUAAGAAACUCAAUUUGUGUGACAUGUUUACAAGGUCUAAACCUGUUUAUUUGUUAAAGUAUAGUAUAGGGUCUAUUUCUGUCUCAGUCUAUUGUGCAGAUUUGCACAAGGUAAGAGAUGCUGGCGACAAAUGUGGGGAAUUUCUCAAUCAAAGUCCAUUACUUGAGAUUUUGAAAAUUACCGGUAAUAGUCUUGAAGGUUCAAGUAUCGUUCAACUUUUGGGGCUUUUCCCAAAACUUCGGGAGCUUACUCUAGAUUCUUCGAUCUGCAAGGUGGAGCAAAUGAACGAGUAUGACAUCUCAUCGCGCACACCUCCUCCUUCAGGGGUACACCCCACAAUAGCCGGGCAGCUACAACUUCAGAAACUGGUGUUCAAAGAUCUGAAAGACUCGGAGAAUGAAUUGUGUUUGAUAAAGGCAAUACUCAGUUGUUCCCCCAAGCUAACGAAAAUGGACGUGUUUGCGGACGUUUUUAAUGGUGGCGAUGUGAACCUUAUGCUGACUAGCAUGUUUUUGAAUCUCCAACAAGCCUACCCGAAAGUUAAAAUUGUCCUCCACUAAUUUUUGAACUGCGUUCUUUUAGUGACAAUAGGCAUAUUUUUGUAAGACAACUUUUCUUUUCUUCUAUCUUGUAGAGGUUUAUGAGUUUAUCUGAAAGUAGGUUCUUCUCAAAAACUAAGAUAUAGUACAAUUAAUAGAUCGAAAAU